AAUCAGACCAGAGCACGGCCAUGGCUUCCUCCUCUGCCCUGCUUGUCGCUCUCCUGCUAUUCUUCAUCUCGGCCGUCGGGUCCGAGGCCGCGGCGGCGCCGCUGGAGCAGCUGUGCGCGAACCUGGGCGGCUUCUACGUCACGCCGGAGACCUGCACGUCAUCCCUCUGCGUAAACUCCUCCUGCCGCUCCGCCCGCGACGCGCCGGAGCUGGCCACGCUCGCAGCCGGCCUCGCCGCCGCCAACGCCACGGCCGCCAAGGCCAGCCUCGAGGCCGCGCUCGCCAGCUCGCCAGGGAAGGGGCCGGCGGAGGCACUGCGGGCGUGCCUGCAGAUGUACGGCGGCGCGGUCCCGGCGCUGCAGUGGGCGGCGCGGGCCGUGGCGGCGGGGCGGCACCCAGGGGCGACGGCGGUGCUGGAGGCGGCGCGGUACAUCGCGGCCGGGUGCGCCGGCGUGGCCGACGGAGCCGCCCAGCUGCCCGCGGAGAACGAAGCGUUCGGUAUCUUGGCCAACGUCGCGCACGCCGUCGUCGCCUCCGUGUCCCACGCCGGCUGAUGGACGGAUUCGUCGCUCCGGUCCUUCCUAGCUCUCGUGCGAAUGUUUGUCCGUAUGUUGCAAUAAUUUAACGGAUCAGGGCACGUAUAACGGGGCUGAUUUAGGCGUCGUCGAGGUAGUUUUGCUGAGGCUGACGAAAGAGAUUGAGAAAAAACAGUAGUCUAUUAUAUGUGCAGUUCUACGGACAAUUUAAUAAAGAAUUUAUAGACAGAUUAUUUACCAUUGUAUGUCUGCUGUCUAUAAUUUUUAGUAGACAGAGUA